UUUUGCUAUACUUAGACGGAGUUCUUUCAUCUCGGCGUAAAUAAAGUUUCUAUCGUUUUUAUUUUUUGAUUGCUAUUCAGAAGACCAUGGUAUUUUGUAUGGCUUACGGAUGCUCCAAUGCAUCGAAUAAAAAAGGGAGAAAAUCAAAAUGCCCUGAACAUGUGAGUUUUCACAGAUUGCCAUUACACGACAAAGUUCAGCUUCGGAGAUGGCAAGUAGCCAUGAAACUGAAGACACCACAUCUUAACGCAUAUUCUCGAGUGUGCAGCGAACAUUUCGAAGAUGAAAUGUUUGAAGAAUUGCCUUCCGAAUUCGGCGUUAAGCCGAAACGAAGGUUGAAAAAAGAUGCAGUGCCGACUAAGUUUGUUUUUAGUAAGCCUGUUGUUAAUGAGAGCAGAAAGGAGCGGCAUAAACUUCUGACUGAAAAACGGCGUCUUGCGAGUGAUGAAGAAAAGGCUAUACCAAAUGCGAUAUACGAAGAUGAACCAUCAACUCGUUGGCAGUGUAUUCAAAAUACAGAAGAGACUCCUGAAUCUGACAACCAAAGCAUAUGCAAUUGUAUACAUGUAGCAAAAGUUAACGUCUCAACACAGACUUACUCAUGGGCAGAUCCUGCGAAGUUGAAGCAUGAUCAUUGUUAUGGAAAGGAAAUUCAAAACAAUCCACAAAUGCCCAGAUGCAAACCACCACAGAAGGACAGUGCUCCAAUGUGUAGUACCCCCAAGAAACCAGGCAAGGUGUUACAUAUGCCAGAGAUAGAGCUUUCAGAUAUUGAAUCUUCAGACUCGGGUAAAUGUUUAAAUAAUUUUAUUUAUUUUUGUAUUGAGUUAGGUCAUUGACGUUAGUUUGUUUAGUGAUUAGAUCUCUAUAGU